CCUCAAAAAAGGAUCCAUCCAUCCGUUCAAUUCCAUUCUUCCAUCGCGCAACACCCACGCGCAUCCCAUCACACCACCACACCAAAACCCCUCCCUCCACACAACCUCAACCUACAUCUCCAAAGAAAGUCACACAACCCCAUCAAGCUCACACGAGCUACCUACACCCUCCAUCCAAACCACAAUGGCCCACCGCAUAAUAUUCCAAGUCCUCACCACCGGAACCCGCAUCUUCGGCCGCGCAGUAACAGAAGCAUGGACCCAAGCCUCCGCCUCGCAAAAAUACGCCGCCCAAGCCGCAAAGACCGGCCAGCCCAACUCCUUCGCCACAUCCUCCUCCGGCCUCACCCUCGACGAAGCAUGCAAGAUCCUGAAUGUCGCGCCGCCGAAAGCAGGUGCGGAAGCUGCUACUGCAAACCUGGAGGCAGUCGGGGAGCGGUUCAAGAAGCUGUUUGAUCUGAAUGAUCCGAAGAAGGGCGGGAGCUUCUAUUUGCAGAGUAAGAUUUUGAGGGCGAGGGAGAGGAUUGAGGCGGAGGUUGGGAAUGCGAGGGGUGUGGCGGAGAGGGAGGCGGAGGUUAAGGGGGGUUGGAGGCCGAGGGUUUAUAAGUGAGGGGGUG